CUGGAGUUCUCACAACCCAAUUAGUGAGGUACCCUCCUUUCAGUCCCUCUGGAGCAUGAGAUUUAGCCUUUAUGAUUUCCCACCAUUCUGGGAUCAGAUAAGGGUGGGAUGAGACACUGCUGUAUCCCUAAUGCUUGUUGGAAGUUUUUUUUAUUUUUAUGUAUUUUUAAUAUUUUUAUCAAAGGCUUAUCGCUUCUUUUAGAGUUUUAACAGUGGUGUAUGAAACAGAUUUUACGUUUGUUGCCUCCAAAGCCUGUUUGUGAAGUCAGGCCAUUUUUUUUUUUUUGCUUGUGUAUAAACCUUCUUUUUUUUUUAAUAAUUUAUUUUCUUUACUCAAAAGGGGUUUACAAGGGAGGAGUUCUACAACGUUUCACUGCUGAAUCAAGAAGCGGCCUGUUCGAUGUUCUUAUAUGUCAUGCUGUUCUUUCUCCUGUUGAACUCUGCCUGGGGCUUAUUGCUCACAGAUGACCCAGAAGGCGGUGUAGAGGAGGAUCAGGAGUUGGGCAAAGCUAUUCUGGAGAUGCUGCAUAUCAAUAAGCUGUCCGCACCCCUUCAGGCCAAACCUCACCCGUACAUGAGACAGGUUUACCAGCUUUUGGACACAGAAGAGCCUCAAGACUGGGGGAGCUCUGAUGGUACACUGGUCCAGAGUUUUCGGAGUGUCGUGGCAGGCCCGCCCCACGCCCCCCCAGGAUGGAUCUGGUUCAACGUCUCCCACCUGGAGCCUUCCAUGGCCGUGGCCGAGCUGGUCCUGCUCCGCAAGACCCUCCACCCCGACCCGCUGAGCGUUACGGUGGCCCUGCACAGCCUGACCCACGGGGCAGGGGGCCUGCGGGCCAGCCCCGCCCUGGAGGAGAGACUCCUGACCCUGGACCAGCUGCCCCUGUCGGGCUACGACGUGUUCGACGUGUCCCCCUUCAUGCUCUCCCCCAAGCCCCCGGAGGUGGUGGGUUUCCAGCUGCGUUACACGGACGAGAGCGGGAGCCUGGUGCUCCACGAGGCCCUGACACAGAGCCUCUACUGCCUGCGAGGCGGAUCCCUCAGUGAGCCUCUACUGGUGGUUUAUCGCGCUAGGGCGCUACGUACCCGGAUGACUGGCGACACCGACAGGCUCGGCCCAGAGAGGAGACAGCGUCAGCACUGCCAUACAGUGAAGAGACACCAAAAGAGGAGGUUCUUACGGACCGGCAACCAGCCUGGCCGGCGCGAAACCGCCUCAGGCCCACAUUGUCGGCUCCGCCGCCGAUAUAUCGACUUCCACCAGGGCGGCCUGGCCAACUGGAUUCUACAGCCUUCAGGGUUCAACGCUACUUUCUGCAGAGGUUCCUGCCACUUUGGGAAUUUAGGACUGCCAGUAAAUGGAUUUAGACCCAGGAGAAGACCAACUGAGGAUAGCUCAAGUUGCGUCCCGCUGAAGCUGUCAUCUCUCACGGUGAUGUACAGGAGUGAAACGGACGACAUCAUAAUUGAGAAGUUCAGAGAUGCCAGAGCGGAGAGCUGCAUGUGCCAGCCACGACCUUAUCACUGAAACCAUCUCUCAGACUCCCCCACACACAGCAUUAGCCCAUGCAGAACACUGGAGGGCAAAACAUCUAACUGAAUCUCAAUGAACACUAUAACUGAUUGGGAGUAAGAGCUAGAAUAUAUAGACUGUAUGUUGUAGUGUUUAUGGGUAAAUUGGAUGUAGGCCUGUCAUGUUAAAAAAAAUAUCACAUUCACUAUACUGUGUUACAAUCAACAGCUUUGAGACUUCACUAUUGGAGCUUUCGAAUAAUUAAUCAAUUUGAUGCAGGGCAAGAUUUUGGUUUUUGAAUUACAAAUUUGAAUGGAGCCUGUCUGAUUCUUUCAGAUCUAUAUGCUCUAGGGACUUAUGAGGAUUUUGGAAUUAGGUCUUUAAAGCCACAGAGGUAUUUGUAUGUAUACAAACUCAAACGAGUUCUCUGUGCGCUGUUGGAGGUGGACAAACUGGAUUGGUAAAAUAAAAAUAAAAAGAUUCAGACCAUAUUGUUAAAGUGUUACCAUAGCAACUCAUUUAUAGUGGUCCUGUGUUCUAAGCUGCUGUCUAUCGUGCACAUGUACUGUUGCGUUGGUUUUAAGUGUGUCAUACCACUAUAUCAGCAAAAACUCUAUUGUCUCUUAUCUGUCAAAUUAAGUAUGAAAAAAUAUAUUUAACAAUAAAUGUAUA